AUACAAUGGUUUCUGUGCUUCCUAGAUCCUAUAAUCAGCAACAUGUUGUGUUGCAGCCCAGGCCCAACUUGCAGGAUGUCGACUGGUUCAAUUUGCUGUCCCUAGCCCUGGUGGAGUAUGACCCGUGUAAAAACGAUCUUAAAGUGGUUUCUCUACAUCAGUUCGAGGACGACAUCAAGGGAGGUGUGUCUCAUCGGUCUUGUGUGCGCUUUGACCCCGAGGGGCGGUGUGCGGCCAUGUUGAUGUAUGGAAGCCACCUGGCUGUCAUCCCCUUCAAGCACACCCCCAUCCUCUACAACCCCACUCCAGUCACACCACUCACUCCGGGUCUUGUGAUGCUAUUACCACACAGUACCUAUACUCUGCCCAACUACAACGUCAACUUUUGGAAGACAUGCGCCCGAGAGUGAUGGUGGGCUAGCUGUUCCUGACCAGACGUGGGGACUUUAAUGUUGGUAGUCAUGUCAACGCUUUCCUGAAGCUCUGGUGCUCCGAUACUCCACCCCUCUGAGACGAGGGUGAGUGAGGUACUGAUGACUGGACUCGGGGGACAUCCUCGAAUAGUGGCCCUCAUAGAAGAGGAGUUGGUGAUCUACACUGCCUUCCACUGUGACCAGUGGCAACACCUCUCACACCUGCAGCUGCGCUUCAGCAAGCUCUGGUGCUCCGAUACUCCACCCCUCUCAGACGAGGGUGAGUGAGGUACUGCUGACUUGACUCGGGGGACACCCUCGAAUAGUGGCCCUCAUAGAAGAGGAGUUGGUGAUCUACACUGCCUUCCACUGUGACCAGCGGCAACACCCCUCACACCUGCAGCUGCGCUUCAGCAAGGUGAGAGAGACAUGUAUUUCAGUUGCUCCCAUGUUAGAAUACUGCCAGUUGUUCACUCAAGGUUGUACUGUGCAAGCACUUGCAUGACUGUAUACUUAUUGUAUUGUAGGGUUAAUUUACUACAUAAUUGUACAGCAAUGGUAUUGAACCUAAUCUGUGUGUGUUCACGCUGACAUCGGCCUACGUGAACACUAGCUGGUUAUUUGUCACACUACAAUACAGUAUACAUUGACCUUGUUGUUAGCUGAUCUAUUAUAGUUACCGUUUAGUGGUUUGUGAGCAUAAAAUAUUGAGUUUUGGGCAUACGAAAACGUUACGCGAUUUUUAUUAAUCAAUGCUCCGAUUUCGAUUGUACAAGCCUCAAAUAAAAGACAAUGAUUGUGCGAUAGAGACAUGGUAGCCGCUUGCAUAGUUAUACUAUCACGCAUAAUUAGCAUUAUAUAUACGUUAUGUUAUGGUUGCAUAAAGUAUACUCUUUAUGUAUACACCUUUUCAUGAUACAUAAACACAGUAUUGUUAAUCUAUUUCCCAAAGUUUAUAAAAUAUUGUUGAUCGGUAACAUCUUUGUAUUUAAUUGAUGUGUGUAAAACAAAAGAGUAUCUGAACUUAAUAACAAUACUCAUUAUAUACAAGCGUGUGCUGAACUGUUUCACACCAUAUACAAGCUAGAGGAUUAAAGUCCUUAUACAUGUCAGUAGUUUGUCCCUGUAAAUAUGAUACUCUUAUCGUAUCAUUCUAGUAUGUGUACAACUUCUACAGUCAUGUAGUUCGUGUGCAUUCAUAAUUAUGAUUGAGUCGAGUUACCUAUCCUCUAGUAACAGUUCUCUCAAACCAACCUCUGUGACUGUGGGGGGUGUGCUAUGUGGGGGGCCACUGAUGAUGUCAUCAUUAAUUUGUUUGUGCUCGAUUCCGAGGCCUUUUUAGAGAUGAAACAACUCUCGAUGCUAGCCACUUGAUAGCGAAUGCACUACCCACCAUACUAGCAGAUUGAUAUACUACUUUCAUUUUACCAAAUAAACAUGUAUUUUCCUCCAGCUCUGGUGCUCCGAUACUCCACCCCUCUGAGACGAGGGUGAGUGAGGGUUACUGAUGACUGGACUCGGGGGACACCCUCGAAUAGUGGCCCUCAUAGAAGAGGAGUUGGUGAUCUACACGGCCUUCCACUGUGACCAGCGGCAACACCUCUCACACCUGCAGCUGCGCUUCAGCACGGUCAAGGUUCAACCAGGCAACAAAGACAGAGAGAAUGCUCACAAAUUUGUUAUCAGUGCCAACUGGAAAGAAAGCAGUUUGUGUGGCUCGUACAAUGUUGGCGUAGAAGAUGAGGCCGUUGAUAGUUCCUGUGGAAACAGUGAGGUUACAUAUGAGUAAAAGAACAACCAAGACGACUCCUGCCAGUGCAAAUGGUAUCAAUAAAAGAAGGUUGAUAUUAGAGCACUCUUUACACUGCGAUGUACCCAGGGCUAGACUGAGCCCAGGUCGACAAGCUCCACACAAUACAUCACUGCGAUUAAAGUCACACUGCUCUUGCUGGUUGAAAGGAUCGACUUUGGUGAAGUUGCUCUUACAGUAAUCGAAUGGACAGACUUGAUGCACAACAACGUCCCCUGAAUAGUUUCCGACCCACAUGGAGGAUGUCUUGUGCAGUCGCUCAUCGUCAAUGUUGCAUGUGAUUCCUUUAGAUGCUAGAUAGUCUGUGCAGAUACAUUUUGGGGGAUUAUUGUUUUGUGUAAAACCAGGUGGACAUGCUUUAAUUCUAAUCUCAAUUACUGUUGGUAUUAUUUGGUUUUGGUUGAUCCAUUCGUAAUUAGAGUCUUGUUCCUGGACUAUUGUUAGACUCAGUGUUUCAGUAUAGUUUGUUUGUUGAGUUUCUAUUGAGUAGUACAGUUGUUUGCAUUCUUUGGCAAUAUUUUGA